AACCUGACUUUGAAGUCCCAAGCCUCUCAUACAACGCUUGCCUUGAAUCCGUAUUUUGAACGCUAACCUUUAGUUGAUAUGAAAAUUUUGUCUCUGAAGAUUUUCUUGCAGUUGUUGACGGCUCGGAAUUCAUAUGGUGCUGGGUAUCACAGAGUUCUGGAAAAGGGUUUGAAAAAUGUUGCUUAUGUUGAAAAAGGAGACUGAUGAAAUGAAACAUUUUUCAAAUGUAGUUAAUUUUUCCUUUCCUGUAAAUGAAUUAGUCACAGCAUUCACACAGUAUUUAUUUAUUUUCCAGAAGGCAAGGACGCAUAUUAGCUAACUAUGUUUGAAUGGUGUGGUAUUAACGUUUGAACGUACACUUAUAAAAAUAAACUUGUUCGGCGGCUCACACGAGCCAGUGUUGUCGUCCGGACCAGAACCGCCCAACGGUACGACGUCAUAACUCUGACAAGAUGGCCGGGAGUUCGGGGCUAAAGUGAGGAAGGAAACCAAAACACUGGCUGUCUCGACCACAUGACGUCGAGUUAGUGCGAAGAUAUUCGUAUAUGCGUACGGACUCCGUUCUUUCGAGUUCCACAUGUGCCAUGCCUGGGUCGUUUUUCUUUGAGGCCGCGACUAGCAGUCAAGGUUCGGUUGUCUGCUAUGAUUGGCUAGCUAUGUAGCGAGCUAAUACUAACCGAAAGACUUCACUUUUUCAAAGUGACAGUGGGCUAAGGUCUUUGUAAAAACUUCAAAUUGCGUCCCGAACAACAUGAGAAAUUGCUGCUAUCUCUUAACGUCUUCCGGGCGUCAAAUUAAAGGAAGGAGUUGAAUAAUUCUGAGAUCAUCGCCUGUCUAACUGUUAGCAAGCGUCUGUUAGCUUGUCCAGACUUUUAUGAUGCAGUUUAUUUUGGAGGGCAGGGUCUGACACUAUUUGAAUCCCACAAUAUCGGGUAAACAGUACCCGGACAUUAUAGUUCUGUGGGCCCAGGUGCCCACACUUGCGAUACAUAACGAGUGGUGGACAUUGGUUUAGCCAAGGAGCCCUGAGCCAAUCCCACUAUGGCCCAUCCCCCUGGGAACCUGCCAGGCAUGCAGCAGAAUGUCAGAGUGGAUCCAGAGGAGCUCUUCACCAAGCUGGAGCGCAUUGGCAAGGGUUCGUUCGGCGAGGUCUUCAAAGGCAUUGACAAUCGGACUCAGAAAGUGGUGGCCAUCAAGAUCAUUGACCUGGAGGAAGCUGAGGAUGAGAUCGAAGAUAUUCAGCAGGAGAUCACUGUGCUAAGCCAAUGCGACAGCCCCUUUGUCACCAAAUACUAUGGCUCCUACCUAAAGGAUGCCAAGUUAUGGAUCAUCAUGGAGUAUUUAGGAGGAGGCUCAGCUUUAGAUUUGAUGGAGCCCGGUGCUCUUGAUGAGACCCAAAUUGCGACCAUUCUGAGAGAAAUCCUUAAGGGGCUGGAGUAUCUGCACUCUGAGAAGAAGAUCCACCGGGAUAUCAAAGCCGCCAACGUGCUACUUUCUGAGCAAGGCGAGGUGAAGCUGGCAGAUUUCGGUGUUGCCGGCCAACUCACCGACACUCAAAUCAAGCGCAACACAUUUGUGGGCACGCCUUUCUGGAUGGCUCCUGAGGUCAUAAAACAGUCUGCAUAUGAUUCUAAGGCAGAUAUCUGGUCUCUGGGCAUCACCGCCAUUGAGCUGGCGAAAGGAGAACCGCCACACUCGGAGCUCCAUCCCAUGAAGGUUUUAUUUCUGAUCCCAAAGAACAACCCUCCGACUCUGGAGGGAAACUACAGCAAGCCGCUCAAGGAGUUUGUUGAGGCUUGCCUCAACAAGGAGCCCAGUUUUAGGCCGACUGCCAAGGAGCUGUUGAAGCAUAAGCUAAUUGUACGCCACGCUAAAAAGACAUCCUACUUGACCGAGCUGGUGGACAAGUACAAACGGUGGAAGGCGGAGCAAUCAAGAACCACAGAGUCCAGUUCAGAUGAGUCUGACUCGGAGCAGGAUGGGCAGGCAUCGGGUGGAAACGACUUUGGCAGUGAUAACUGGAUCUUCACCAUCCGGGAGAAGGAUCCAAAGAAGCUACAAAAUGGCGAGGGACAGUCAGCGGCAACUGAGCAGACUAAAGACAUUCCAAAGAGGCCUUAUUCACAGAGCCUGUCCGCAGUCAUCACUCCUGUGUUAGCCGAGCUCAAGGCCAGACAUGAGCAAGUGAACCGGAACCCUGUGGUCCUGGACGACUUGAAAGAGGCCAUCUUGCGGGCUGAGCAAGCCUACCCUGGCAUUUCGGAUUCACUGGUGGCGCACAUGAUCCACAGGCUUCAGAGUUUCUCCACAAGCAGAUCAUCCUCUUCUUUGCCAUAGUAAAUGGCUGUAUGCUACCCACCCACGGAACCAUCUCUCCUCCCUCCCACAAGCACCCCCCUGCCAUUGACCCGUUCACUCAGUAGCAGCUGAUCAACAUUUAUUCUGCCGGGACUUGUGCUGACUUUGUCGCUACAUGGCAUUUUGCCCAGCCAAGAGGUGAGGCUCUCAAAGCCCCAAGGCAAGGCUUAAAUCCAGGCUCUCUUUGAACCCAAGCCCACACCCUAUCCCACCGGAACCUUUUGACAAAGCAUGCAUGGUGUGAACGUCCUCUUUGCACCAACAUGCCUCAUGGUAAACAGCGUUCUUCAUGGAAAAACUCAGGUAAAGUGCUUUAAGUUGACUGUCAAAUGGGUGGUGGUGUCAGUUUGCAGGAGCUGAAUCACUCUGUACAAAAUGCCCCCCCCAACCCCACACACUUCUACUGAAAAGUAACAGAAUAAGCAGAAAAUGUUUUUUGUUUUCAUUUUAAGGUGCAUGUCACUUCCUCACCAUUUGUUUUAUUUGAUUAAUCAGUCUGUAAGUUACGGAGGCCCACACCUAAUAGUGGCCACCAAAUAAGGUAUAACGUGUCCAUGAAAUGCCCAUUUGUAGUCAUGAUAUGUACUAUAAUAUCCGGACUACAAAACAGACCUGAUUAAAAGUCGCAACAGCUAAUUUUAGCCAUAAAAACUAAUUUGUGGUGGUCUCCACAUUAUUAAAUAGGGUAUUAUCUAUAUUAUAAACACCAGUAGAUGCUUUUCCUCACUCCAAACAAUGCCAAACAGAGAAAAAGUUACACAGCGUAUCAGAAACCUUUUCAAACUCUUGGCGUCACACUAAGCAAAUUCACAGAUGAGCUUAGACCAGUGUGGCACUGCAGAGACAGCUGUGUUUAUUGCACUUGUUCCCUUUGCUGAAACACAACUUAAGACACUUAUUUUGGCUCUCAAUUGCUUCGUCACAUAGCCGUGCGUGCCCCUUCUAUGUUUUUGUCCCCUUCGAGAGUCUCUGUCUCACACUUUUCUCGCAGCUAUACAUCUUGUUCCAACCGCAAAUAGCUGAUGAGCAUUCAGUAUGAGGGUGGACUUGGACACUUUCAUUGAUCCACUGCAACGUAUUUGCUAAUUUCAUUGGUCAAAUAUGACAAGAAUGGGUAAAUCCAUUGAUGGCUCGUCGGUAAAAAUCCAUAAAUAUACCACAUUACUGCAGGGUUCAAAGUUUGGGGGAGAAAAAAAAAAGUAGCGGUUUGUAAUCCGAAAAAUACAGUAUACAACAUGUGCAUAAAAUGUGACCUCAAAAUACUAAUUUGUGGACACAAAAAGAGUAUCACAUGCACAGCAACCGUAAUACUAAUUUAUGGAUUAAAUAUCAUUCCCAAGAGCAAUGUAUAUGUCUGAGUAAGCAAAUGGAGCACACCUAACUAUAACACAAUGUCCUUAAGGUUGUUGUUUUUUUUUUUUUUAAUAUUUAAAAAUGCCUCUUGUUCAUAAUGAUACCUUGCAAUGCCAGGCUUUUCAGGAUAUCUUUGUAGUUGAUCCCCAUCGGAAACUCUCAAUCAAGCAUACACCUGUCUCUGACCUGUGUAGUUUAAAACCUACUAUCUACCUUAACUAUUUCAAGAGAAGGUGCACUUUAUGUGCUUACUGGCUGGAGCCACAGAUACUGGUGGUCACAAAUUUGUGUUUUGUGUGCACAGAAUUUCUAAAUGUUGUGCCACAAUAUCCAACCCCCCAUGUCAUGUCAUGUCUGGUAGUCCGUAGUGAGUCGAUGUGAGGGGACUUGUGGGCCAACACAGCCAAACAGUACCAUGCAUCAUGCCCACUUCACUUGAGAAGUGCAUUGAUUUGUUUUGUAUUAACUGUUAUACUGUCCAUUUCAUUUUUUUAACUCCAUGAAAGUGCAGCACUUUCUGAAAACAAACAUUUUUACAGUUGCUAACAGCCACGUGUUUCUAUGUUUACUUAAGAGCUCCACAAUCUACUGUGCUAAUGCAGCAAUAAUGUUGAUAAGUUGUAUCACUUGUCAGCACAGGUAAGAAGCAAAUUAAGAAAUAUAUUGUAUUUUUAUAAUUGCAGUUGUGGAAUUAUGAAAUUUAAAAAAAGUUACACCCAAAAAAAAAAUAGUUAUGGAAAUGAUUGUGUACAUUUGUUUAUCAUAGCUGGCAGUUUAUAGUAUUGUGUAUAAUAUUUGCUCGAGUCAUUUGAGAAGUUAAAUGUAAGCUUUCAAAGUGGCAUAUGAAAUAAAGACGCAGGUGCAUAUUGUA